AUGUGGAAGGAGGCACUGGGCGACGCAGACACCGGAAGUGAAGAGACGGAGACUGAGGUCGAUGCCGCAAAUGAAUUGGAGAUCACGAACGAGACGGAGAACAACAACGGGACUGAGCAGCAGAGCGAGACGCAAAACGAAGACAAAAUGAAGGUCGAGAUCAUGGACGAUAUACAACCCAAGAAUGAGAUGAAGAUGGUGACCAUCGUCGACAGUGAUGAAGAACGGCUCUCCGAUUCGGACCUUGAAGUCGUGAAAGUCGUCAAAUUGGACAAAGUAUGCGCAAUACUGCCAGAAAACACACCAUCCACCAACACCAACACCAACACCAUUGCCACAGCCACGGCUCCGAAAAGUUCAGCCCGAUUCACUCGGAAACUGAAAAGCAAACGCGGCAGCAGUAGAAACGCUGAUGGCAUCACAAGUAGCCACUUACCGCGAAAUGACAGGCCAUUACUUACUGUGUCGACUGCAUCUACCCCAGAACGAAGGCCCGCACCGAUACCGGGACAAAUGCCAACUCCCGCUCGCACCCCCACAGUCACCAAGUCGAUUGAGUCGAUGCCGAUGUCUCAGACCGUCGCUUCAAUGCCUACACCAUCGUCGAUCAAACGCAGCAGCCGUGUGAGCUGGCCCAGCGAUGGCGAGAUUGGAGAGGGAGACGAGCCCAGAAGCGCGGGCAGCUCGUCUCAGCCAACACCACCGCCAACAUCCUCGUGGACGAUCCGACAGCACUUCACGUCCUCUCAGAGUUCUGCUUCUGGAUCAGGUCCGGGUGACGGAUCAGGUGAACAUAUGGAAUCUCAGUCACCAACGGCAGGUUUUUACUCCUCAACGGUAACCUCUGCGGUUAGUAUGAAGCGUCGGUCUGCAAUCAAGUCCACGCUCGUGGAACAAUUGAGUCAGGCGAACUCGGCAUCCGAUAUCGACCUAGCUUCGGGUCACCACCAUGCAGAAGGGUCAUCCAUGCCAGCAGCCACGGACAAGCAUGUGAGGACAUCUCCCUCUACAGAGGGCACUCUAACGCCAAGGACUUCUUCCACUGCAACUGUCACAUUGUUUGUAACUGUCAGGUCAACAGGCCCGAAGGUGACAAACCCGCAGACUAGGAAGCGCAAUAUGCCAACAAUGGAGCCCAACGAGGCGGGCAGUCGUGCGACAGUCAGCAUUGAGCGCACAGAGAAAGUAGCCCGAAGACAGCACUCAACAUUGGACCACCAUGUCAAGGGCUCUUUCUAUAACCUCCGUGCAGCUGUUCACAGAUAUACCCGUGCAAGGGCAGAGAGCAGCCCGGAGGAAGAAGGCUCCGACGCGGGCGACUGUAGUCACACAGACUCAACGAAGGAAGAAGUGGAAGUCACAGAAGAGAUGCUCGCAGCCGUGCAGGACGGUUUCUACCAGCGCGCACUGCUGAAGUUUUUCAAACUCGAGAAAGACGUUCUCCAGCCCUCAUCGUUGCUUGCGUGGCCUACCUUCUCGCCUAGUAGCAAGCCCGCAAAGGAAUUCGAGAUGUUGCGAAACGACGUUCGACGUCUCAGAGACGACAACGCCACGUUGAUGAACCGAGUUAUUGCUCUGCUCGAAGAGAAAGCCGCAGGAGUAGAGAAGGAAGCAAAGUUGAUGGUAAGAAUGGCAGAACUGGAGCGGGGAUGA